AUGGAUUCCAGAUGCAUGGAAUUGGCAGCCCUGGGAAGACCUCUGUAUCCUGGCAUGCUGUAUGACUGCCGCACGGACUCCUUUAUUCCAGGUGUUACUUUAUGGGAUAAGAAAGCAUUGAACAAUGACCUUGAUGUGCGUCAGCAACCUAAAACUGACCUGAAGUUUGCUGCCUCUGACACUCUUAGUGAAAAGGCAAACCUCCUAGAUAUAAGCGCUUCCCUUAAAGCCAGUUUCUAUGGUGGUUUAGUGGAGGUUGGAGGAUCGGCCAAGUACCUGCAGGAUACCAAAUCCUCAGCACAACAGUGCAGAGUUACUAUGCAGUACAGCCAGACAACAAAAUUUGAACAACUCACUAUGAAGGAGCUUGGCAAAAUCACUUAUACGCAAGUAUUUGACCAGAAAACAGCCACUCAUGUAGUUACAGCUGUCCUGUAUGGAGCUCAGGCUUUCAUGAUAUUUGAUUAUACCAGUGAAGAUAAAAAGAACAAACAGGCUGUUGAGGGAAAUCUUCAUGCCGUGGUUAAAAAGAUGUCCAUUGGGGGUGAAGGGAGUGUAAAGAUGACUGAAGAUGAAAAAAAACUAGCCACAAAAAUCAGUGUGAUUUUUCAUGGUGACUAUAAACUCAAACAAAAUCCCACCACAUAUGAUGAAGCCCUGGAAGUAUACAAAACUUUACCUACUUUACUGGAGAAACAAAACUAUGAUGGUGUACCCUUGAGAGUCUGGCUGUAUCCUCUCAGUCUUUUGAAUGAUAAUGCUGCCAAGUUGGUGAGAGAAAUUGAAUAUGAUCUGGUGAAUGAAACAGAAAAAAUGCUGGAAGAACUUGAUGAGGCAGAGAGAAGAUGCAAAGAUUUGUACAAAAACCAAACAGUAGACAAUUUUCCUGCUGUAAAAGACAGGUUGGCAAAGUUUCAGCAAUUACACAGUAAUUAUAAAAUAGUAUUUCAGAAGAACCUGUCCAGGGUUUUGCCAGCUAUCCGUAGUGGGGCAACAGAGGACAAGGUAUUGGGGGACCUUUUGAACAUCCACUACACAUCACCAUUCACUGCUAACAACAUGAACAAGUGGUUAGAAGAAAUUACAACUGAAUUAAAUAUAUUGAGUUCCUACACCAAUGGGUUGGAAAACCUGACAGUUGUGACAUCAUCAGAGUCACUUAAUUCCAUUCUCUUUGAUCCUGAGGUUGAUGUGGUGGUAUGUUUGUCUUUCACAUCCCUAAAGUAUGAAGACUCCUACCUGGAAGCUCUAGAAAAUUUCCUUAAAUCUAAAGAGUUUUCAUCUCUCAAAGUAACACAGCCUUGGUUUACUUCUCCUGAACGAAUGAGCCAGAAUCUCUCUCUCUUUACAAGUUUUUUAAAGGCCAACAAAAAAAAAAAGGGAAUCAAGUUCAUCAUUGGUUCCAUCUCUGACUCCAACAAUCCAGGAAUAUCCAUCCAACUUUAUCAGAAAGGCCAUAAGCCACAGCUUAAGUUCCAGCCAGUAUCCAAACCUUCCCUACCUGUGGUGAAGACCAGUGAUGAGAAAGUCAUCCUGACACUUUCAAAAUCACCAACUGGAGAGACAGUACGCUUCAGAGUUGAAUACAGGAUGACACCAUCAACUGAUUCAGCAGCUGAUGAUGCUAAUACAUGGAAAGUCAAAUACACUCCAGAUGCACAGAGCAUCUUUACUCUGACUGAAUUCGAGCCAGAGGAACAAUACUUGGUUCGUUACAGAGCUGUUAGUGAUGUGGGAGUGAGUGAAGCCAGCGAAACUGUUUCCUUUUCAUUUCAUGGGAGGCUCACAGUAAGCCAAUGGAACUUCUCCAUGCCGUCCCUCUUUAAUGAACUAAGGACUAAAAUAAUGACCAGCAUGGGCAUGUCACGAUGGUCUGUCUCUACUAUCAAAUCAGAGCUCACAAAUGUGGUCAACCAUCCUAGUGUUCCUUACACUUACAAAAUUCCUGGAGGGCUAAGAGCAGGAAGGGCUUUGUACUUUCAAGGGGUUGUUUUUGCAACAGGACAAACGAUUAUAUUUGAUGCUCUAACCAGUGAGGGUGACAUCGCUUUUCACUUCCGGAUUGACCUUGAUAAAUGGACUACCUGUGAUAGUCUCAGAAACGGAGUGUGGGAGAAACAAGAAUGGCCAUCAGUGGGUCAAAUCUCCAAAGGAUCAGCUUUUGACAUCUUCAUUGUGACCAAAACAGAAGGCUAUGAGGUCUAUUUAAAUGGAAAAUGGUCUUUCCUGUUCAAGCACCGCAUGCAAGUGGAGAAAGUGACUGCACUUCACAUUCAUGAACAUGUCGUAAUGAACACUGUUGGCCUUGUUGAAAACUGGAUUAAAUCUACUUUUGCUAAGGAGCUAUACCCUGGCAAUUCACACACAAAACAUUCUGAUAUCCAGUCUGAUGUACUACACCCAGUUUGCAACCCUAACAAAUCAUUUUUGGGAUCAAUCCCUGGAAACUUGAGACCUGGUAUGGCUUUGCUCUUCCAAGGAGUUGUUUCUUCAGAUUAUCAACGCUUCGAGAUAAAUUUUCAGACUGGAAAAGAGUACCUCCAUGACAUCGCUUUCCACUUUAACCCCCGCAUGAACUCUGUGGUCCGUAACAGCUGCAGCAAUGGGACAUGGGAUAGCAAUCACAUUGAGACACCAGGAGGCCCAUUUGUCAAAGGAGGAGCCUUUGAUAUCAUUAUGGUUAUUAAACCAGAAUGCUAUGAGGUGAUAGUGAAUGGCCUGGAGUUCUGCACGUUUGAUCACCGUAUACCAGUGGACAAAGUGACCUUCCUUAGCAUUAUGGGAGAUGUCUUUAUGAACACCCUUCGCUUCAUUGAAGUGGAAGAUGUUAAUCUGAAAGUCAUCAUUCCUGCCAGUAUUUGA